UUCCUGCCUCCCAGGCCAGGCUGGAUGAGCCGGAGCUCCGCGGGCUGACGGUCAUACCCCAGCUUCCAUCUGCAUCCACAGGCCUGGACUGCUGCUGCCCCCCGGAGCCCGGCACCCCUCCCGGCUCAGCCUUCGGCCGGCGACCCCCCGCCUGGCCCUGUGCCCACGUGCCCACGUGCCCACUUCUCCUGACCCCUUGGCUGCCACCUCAGAAGGCUGGAGCAGGGACGCCGUCACUCCGGCCGCCUGCUCCCCUUGGGUCCCCGCGAGAGCCCACGCCAGCCCCCGCGCCCGCCUGCAGCCCUGCCCCUGGACACCGGAUAAGGCCCAGCACACAGACCCCAGGUGGACAACAUGGACCAUGGCACGCUGCCCCCCGUCGCUGCCCUGCUGCUGGCUGUCUGCAGUCUCAGGCCCACAAGUCUUGCAGAAACAGUCCAUUGUGACCUACAGCCUGUGGACCCCGAGGUGACAUACAUCACAAGCCAGGUUUCUGAGGGCUGUGUGGCUCAGGUCCCCAAUGCUACCCUGGAAGUCCACAUCCUCUUCCUGGAGUUCUCAAGGGAGUGGUCAGAGCUGACUAUCCAGAUGUCCAAGCAAAAUGGCACUCAGCCCCGAGAGGUGCUCCUGGUCUUGAGCAUCAAAGAGAAUGUCAUCCUGCAGCUCCAGGCCCCCGGGAUCCCACUCCACCUGGCCUAUAGCACAGAGGGGACUCAGCCGAGGAACAACACCGUGAGUUUCCACAUGUCACCCCAGACCCCGAAACUGGUCAUCUUUCAAGGGCACCAGGGAUUCAACACCACACAGCUGCCGCCCUUCACCAAGAGCCAGCUCCUCAAGUGGGCAGCUACAAAGGGCCCCAUUGCCUCUUCCGCCGAGCUGAAGGAUCCCCAAAGCAUCCUCCUCCGUCUGGACCAAGCCCCGACGUCGCCGUCCUCCUGUAUUCCGGAACCCACCAUGGACAUGGGCCACACGCUCGAAUGGAGGACGCACGCUGGGGCCUCGGUCUUAGGCUGCCGCUUGGAAGGUGUGGCUGGCCACAAGGAGGCACACAUCCUGAAGGUCCUGCCGGGUGCCAAGGCUGGGCCUCAGACGGUGACGGUAAAAGUGGAGCUGAGCUGUGCAUCGGGGGACCCCGACGCCAUUCUCAUCCUGCAAGGUCCACCCUACGUGUCCUGGCUCAUCGACGCCAACCACAACAUGCAGAUCUGGACCACUGGUGAAUACUCCUUCAAGAUCUUUCCCGAAAAGAACAUCCGCGGCUACGCGCUCCCAGACACGCCCCAAGGCCUGCUGGGGGAGGCCCGGAGGCUCAACGCCAGCGUCAUAGCGUCCUUUGUGGAGCUCCCUCUGGCCAGGGCCGUCUCCCUGCGGGCCCGCAGCUGCGGUGGUGGGCUGCAGACCUCACCUGCACCAGUCCAGACCACCCCUCCCAAGGAGAGCUGCAACCAGGAGCUGCUCAUGUCCCUGAUCCAGCCGAAGUGCUCUGAUGACGUCAUGACUCUGGUGCUCAAGAAAGAUCUCAUCUCGACUCUGAGGUGCACCAUCACAAGCCUUAAGUUCUGGGACCCCAGCUGCCAGGCUGAGGACAGAGAUGACCAGUUUGUCUUGCACAGUGCCUACUCCGACUGUGGCAUGGAAGUAACGGAAAAUGUGGUCAGUAAUGAGGUGAUCGUCAACCUCCUGUCAAGCCCAUCACCACAGAGGAAAAAGGUGUACUGCGUCAACACAGAAAGCCUCUCCUUCCAGCUGGGCCUCUACCUCAGCCCACACUUCCUCCAGGCCUCCAACACCAUCGAGCUGGGGCAACAGGCCUUUGUGCAGGUGAGCGUGUCCCCAUCGAUCCCUGAGUUCAUGCUCCAGCUGGACAGCUGUCAACUGGAUUUGGGGCCUGAGGCAAACACUGUGGAACUCAUCCAGAGCCAGGCAGCCAAGGACAGCUGUGUGAACCUGCUGUCCCCCAGUCCUGGCGGUGAUGCACGCUUCAGCUUCCUGCUCCGAGGCUACAUGGUGUCCACACCCACAACUGGCACCCUCAGCUGCAACAUAGCCCUGCGUCCCAGGACCUGGGCCCUGGAAGUCCACAGGACUGUCUCUAUGCACCUGACCAUCGUUAGCCCUGGCCUGCCUGACAAAGGCCUCGUCCUGCCCGCUGUGCUGGGCAUCACCUUUGGCGCCUUCCUCAUUGGGGCCCUGCUCACCGCCGCACUCUGGUACAUCUACUCGCACACGCGUCCCGCCGGCAAGCGGGAGCCCGUGGUGGCAGUGGCUGCCCCGGCCUCCUCAGAGAGCAGUAGUACCAACCACAGCAUCGGGAGCACCCAGAGCACCCCCUGCUCCACCAGCAGCAUGGCGUAGCGCCCCCGAGCCCUGGCCCAGCAGGAAAGACUGAGCAGCCAGCAGCUGGGAACCACUGGCCACACACUUACCCUGGGACCGUAAACCCUCCCCUCGGCCGAUGGACCACUUCCUCGGCACCCACCCCACCCGUCCUCUCAGAGGCCUGCUGCCAGCGGGAGCUCCAGCCUGGAACGCCUUGGAGUCCCCCCACCCCACCCCACAGAAUCUUCAAACACAGUGGGCCCGGGGUAUGGCUGCCCAGGACCACGGAGAGAGAGACCGCUGCCUUAUGUGUCCACAUUGUUGUAGAAACCAAGUGCUUGUAAUUUUGACCUGGAUCGAGCACCCAAUGACCGAGGCUGGGCCGGGAGAACUCCUAACAGACUGAGCCAGCCCACCUAGGCCAACAGUGUCUCCUCUGCAGAAUGGAAGGCAGCCAUCCCAGAGCCACCUGGACCUGCCCCCAGCAGCCUCCACACCAGGACUGGCACAACUUUGGCUGGGGAAACAGAAGCCUGGGGGUGGGGGAGCCUAGCUCCUCCAUGCAACUGCCACAGGGGCAGGCAGCAGAAGGGCAUGGCCAGAUUGCCUGGCCUGGGCCCACCCCUAUAUACUCAUCACCAAUAAAUCAGACCACCAAACCAG